AUCUUUUGUGGCGUAGUCAUUAUUGGUGGGGAAUAAAAUGCGGAUAGUUGUGUUGAUUUUGUGCUUGGUUGCCCUGGGAAGUGGUCAGCAUUGGCCAAACUUCUGGGAUGGCCGAACGGGUAUUGUGCAUUUGUUUGAGUGGAAAUUCCGUGAUGUGGCUGAUGAGUGUGAACGCUUCCUGGCACCCAAAGGCUAUGCCGGUGUUCAGUUGUCACCAGUCAAUGAGAACGUAAUCAUUCCCAAUCGUCCAUGGUGGGAACGCUACCAACCAAUUUCCUACGUCCUCACAACACGAUCUGGAAAUGAGCAGGAUUUCUUAGAUAUGUCCAGAAGGUGCAAUGCGGUGGGAAUUCGAAUUUACGUUGAUGUUCUCCUGAAUCACAUGUCUGCAGAUAAUUAUCCAUCAGAUGGAACUGCUGGUAACUGGGCAGAUACAUCACAACGUUGGUGGCCAGCUGUUCCAUAUGGUCCCAAUGACUUCAAUCCUCGCUGCGAAAUUCACAACUGGGACGAUCCAUGGGAGAUCAGACAAUGCGAACUAGUUGGUCUGCAUGAUCUCAACCAAGGCACCGAGCACGUACGUAGUAUGUUGGUGAACUUCCUGAAUCACCUUGUCGAACUGGGUGUUGCUGGUUUCCGCGUUGAUGCUGCAAAGCACGUCUGGCCUCAUGAUCUCGAAGUAAUCUACAAUCGCGUUAAUAAUCUGAACACUAACUUCGGCUUUGCUCCUGGAAGUCGCCCUUACAUCUAUCAGGAAGUUAUUGAUCUAGGUGGAGGUGGAAUUCGGUAUGAAUACACACCUCUAGGAGCUAUAACAGAAUUCAAGUUCUCCGCCGAAAUUGGAGGAGCCUUCAGACGUUACAACGAUCUGCGUUGGUUGCGGAACUUCGGUCCUGAAUGGGGCUUUGUUCCAUCUGAUGUUGCUCUGGUAUUUGUCGACAAUCACGAUAACCAGCGUGGACAUGGAGCAGGUGGUGAAGCCAUUCUGACCUACAAACAGCCUAGACAAUACAAGAUGGCAACAGCCUUCACAAUGGCCUGGAACUACGGAACAAUUCGUCUAAUGUCGUCAUUUGCCUUCGAUCAUGGAGAUCAGGGACCACCUCAGGAUGCCAAUGAGAACAUCAUUUCCCCAUCAAUCAAUCCCGACAACACUUGUGGCAAUGGAUGGGUAUGCGAACAUCGCUGGAGGCAGAUCUACAACAUGAUUGGUUUUGCUAACCAAGUCAAGGGAACAUCAGUUAACGACUGGUGGGACAACGGCCAUAACCAGAUAGCCUUCUGCCGAGGAGAUCAAGGCUUCAUUGCUUUCAACAAUGAGGAUCACAACUUCAGUCAUACACUGCAAACCUGCUUACCAGCUGGAACGUACUGCGACGUCAUUUCCGGUGAAAAUACCGGAAAUGGUUGCUCAGGCGUCACAAUCACAGUAAACUGGGAUCAAACAGCUCACAUUGUCAUCCCUGUUGAUCACUAUGACGGUGUUAUUGCCAUUCAUCGUGGUCCAACAUCGAGGAUCGGUUAA